CUGAGCUCUGCAAGAAACGACUGGCUUUUUUCGCACGGAAUAGAGAAACAGUUAGAUACACCAUGCAGCCUGGAUCAAAGAUAGACAACUACAUUCCGACAGCAUUUCAAGAUGAAUCACCGGACUUUUCAGAUCCCUUUGAGAGUUUCACCAGUAAUAUUCCGCUCUUCCCCAUGGAGACGAUCACCAAGUCCAACUUUACUUUAAAUGACUCCAGCAGCUGGGAGGGGGUUCCUUACAACAGGACGAGUAGGCUAAUCUCUCUAGUAAUACUCUUCGUCCUUACUGUUUUUGGUAAUCUGAUGGUGGUGGUGAAGAUUGUAUCCAACUGGAAAAACCGAAGAGUGGACUUCAUUUAUAUUAGCUUGGCCUCAGCAGACCUUUGUGUGGCUCUGAUGACCCUGUUGUCUCAAAUAAUAUGGGAAUGUCUUCAGGACGUCUGGCUGGCUGGAGAUUUUGCUUGCAGGAUAGUGAAGGUAGCUCAGAUUUUUGGGCUCAUGGCUUCAUCUAACAUGAUCGUGGUGGUGGCUUUGGAGAGGCAGCACGUAGUGGUCAAUCCCUUGCAACUGCCCCUGCCUAUUAGAAAGUUAAGCUUUAUCGCCUGGGCAUCUGCUUUACUGCUUUCCAUGCCUCAAGCGGUUGUAUUCAGAGUAAUCCAAACAAGUUCUACUAGACAGUGCCUCAGCAUUUUCUCAGAUCUCCCCAAAUGGCAUUUCCAGAUCUAUAUUAUCUAUGGUGCGAUGACUGUAUUUUUCAUCCCCUUCUGUGUCCUGUGUUUUGCCUACACGCGGAUCUUGUGGACAGUCUGGAGCAAAGAGAAGGGACUGCGAGAAAAUCCCCUAAAACUGGGAAAGGCAGCGGCAAAAUCUGGGGGUGACUUCAGCUUUACCCUUAAUCCAGCCAACAGUUAUUUACCCAAAGCUAAAAUCAAGACUCUUAAAAUGACUCUUGUAAUUAUCCUUUGCUUUAUUCUGUGCGGUCUGCCCUAUUUUGUAGUGGAGAUGAAAUUUGCUUUCGGCAAUUUUACCAAGCUGGACGAAGAAGUGACUGCUGUGCUAGGUAUUUUCGUGGUCUCCAACAGUGCAGUAAAUCCGUUUGUGUACUUAUUCUUCAACUCCAGGUAUCGUUUUCUGCAGAGACUGGAAAGCGAUGUUUGCUUUGUAUGUUUCAGGGAAGCCAAAAGUGCCUGUGGGAGGUCAUCCUUUGUGUCCAGCAGCAGGACAGAUCGUUUCAGUGUGUCUUCAGAGAUGGGAGUUCAGGUACAGAACAUUAACGUGUCCGUCAACAAUACCCUGCUGUGUGAAAGUGAAUUGUAAGUGUGAGUCAGACUUCUCUACUUUCAUUUCCAAAAGGCUAUGUAACACAUUCUGGGUAACGGACGAUAUAGCAUGCACUGUAGCUGAACAGCAGCAUGUUUUUCCCCCGGAAAGUUUAGCCACCAGAAAUUUGGGGACUGACAAGAGGAAAUCUCUGAUAUCUAUAGUGCGCCACUUGCUUCUCAUGCACGUUCAUGCUCACUUAACUAAACAUUAACAAAUGCCAAACAAUGAGAAUAUUCGAUUGUUCCAGACAAAUGUUAAAAAGGAAAAUGCACUUCUUCCAUCACAUGUUCCAUUUACAUGCCACUGGACACACGUGCCUCUUUCGAGGCGAUCCAGCAACACAAUCUGGUUAAGUAACUUGGUCAGUCACAUAGCUGGCAAAUGGAGCAGCUCGUUAACAGUUCUAAUUUCAGUCGUCUGUUCUGUCAGACUUUGACUUUAUUAGUUACCAGCCAUAGCAAAAUUUAAAUCUGCAAACUGAAAAUAGCUCUUUAAACUCAA